CCAAGUCAGCGAGCCUGACCACCCGAUCCCGUUAGUCGCCUCUUAAGCUUACGACAAGCAAACUCGCCUUCACGGCAAGCAUGGGUUGCUGAAGACCUAUUCUACCCGGGUCUUCACGGGUUACAAAAUUGGUAAUUAGGCAGUCCAUUGACAUCGCGUAUCUCCUUUGUGGCCCUGGAUUAUUUUGACACAUUCACCAGUCUUUUCAGUGGUCAAGGUCUUACAACAGACGUCAGACAAGAAACAAACACCUACGUUUUUCUGCUUAUCGUGGUGGUUGCUACCGGUAGGAUAGGAUAUGCUUUUAUUAAUAGUGUAUGAAGGCUUCUUUAUUCAACUGUAAAUACACGAUGCAACUAAACAACCUGGAUCAAUAAAUCCAUGUCAAGCAGGUUAGCUUUAUUAAUACUACCACUUCUGAAACGCCACCUCAAGAUAUCUUCCGACAUUCAGUGCAGCGAAACAGCCCUACUGUCCACAGUUUUCUGUACUUUUCAGAGCAAGAUGUUGUCCUCUGCAGUAAUGACGGUUGUGAUGGCUGUGGUUAUUUCCGUAGUGUAUCACCUUUUGGCAAAAGAGUCGACUCUGGAAGCCUUGGGCAUCUUGUCAACGCCUCCUGAUGGGCCUCCGUUAAGAAUUCUUCUUCUUGGGAAAUCAGGCAAUGGAAAAAGUUCCCUCGGAAACCUGAUUCUUGGCUAUGAUGUGUUUGAAUCUCGAUCUUCUAUGAGCCCAGUAACCAGAGAGGCGACAAUGGCAACCUCUCGCAUUGGAGACAGAUACAUCAGCGUGGUUGAUACAACUUCUUUAAAAACAAUAACUAAAACAAAUGAAGAGGAAUUCCGUGAUUUAGGCUCUUAUAUUGCGUUAAGCCCUGAUGGUUACCAUGCUUUCGUCCUUGUCUUCAGUGUAGUUGCACGUAUAUCAGAAGAGGAGAAGAAAGCUAUUCUGUCAUUUGCAUCUGCACUUGAUGAUGACAAUGUCUUUUUCAGAUAUUCAAUUGUUAUUUUUACCCAUGGAGAUUCUUAUAGAGGCAGUGAGGACGAUUUCAGACAAAUGGUGUAUCAAGAUACAUUCUUGGAAAGGAUAUUAACACAUAAUAGACACCGUUAUAUGAUUGUAAAUAAUAAAGCUUUUUGUCCCUUUGGUAUCAGACAUGUCCAAGUUAGAUUAAUUAAGAUGAUUGAUGCUUGUCUUCAAGAAAACGAAAACGAACCCUACAACAAUGAGUUCUUUGAAACUGCUAGGAAAAAGUUAAGGGAACAGACCACAGAUAAGGCUAGGGUACCAAGCAAAGAUGAGCCCAUCAGUGUUCACUUGAAGCAAUUUAAUGUUGAUGAUAUUGUCAAGUAUAUAGCAAGGAGAAUAAUGAACACAGUUGUAACAGUAAUUGCACAAAAAGCUUGGUCAUUGCUAGAUGCAGUUGGAGCCUAUAUCAGCUCUGCUUUUUUAUAUUUUUUAGCAUGAUGUCUGUUUUCUGGGGUUCAUAUCGUAUUCAGGCUAGUGCUUAAGAUGUGUACCGCAUAUUUUUUAACGGCUUUUGCUUCUGCACUGUGGUGUUACCUUCUCUACAAAGCUAUUGAUUUAAACAUUAUUACAAUUAUGCCAAAAUCUUUAGAAAUGAGGAAUGACAGAAUACCUGACAAACAAAUGAAUAUUCAUUAUGUGGCCAUUUACUGACUGACAUAUAGAGGAUCGGUUAAUACUAUCAUUGUGCUAGGGACGAUGUUGAUAAUAACGAAUCAACCGUAGAAUUUAGUCAUUGUAACAGACCCGUGAAGCUCCAGAUGAAACCCAUACUUGCAGUUAAAGGUGACUUACGGGAACGGAUGGUCGGGCUCUCUGACUUGUUGAUGCAUGUCAUCGCAUCCCAAUUGUGUGGAGACCCGUGAAGAUCCGGGGUAGAUUAGGUCUUCAGCAACCCAUGCUUGCCGUAAAAGGCGACUAUGCUUGUCGUAAAAGGCGACU